AUGGACGACAUACCCACCGGUCCUGACGACCAUAAUAUCAUGUCUUUGGCGGGCUCCCCGAGUGAUGCCCUGUCUGGAUUGGACACUGCCGACUUUGAUCCGGCCCCUUCCCACGAGACCGAUCCUCAUGCCGACGAGACUGAGGCAAAAGAGACGGUUGCCAACAAGAGCGAGAAUUUCCUCAACGACAGUACGAUUGACGCAGACACGCCGGACGUCGAGGGAGGCAGUAUUUCUAUUGAAGUAGCCAUAGAAGACGAAAUUCCCGAGCUCGCAACUGAGGAGACCACAGAAACCUUCCCACGGAUCGAUAUUGGCGCCGACGAACACAUUGCUUCUAUUGAGACGGAUGACACACGAGAGAACGAGGCAACAAUCACGAAUGACCGAGUCGUUGUCUCCUCAAGUAUCGGGCCAGAAGAUGAUGAAGCAGACGUGAUAUCGGGGGUUUUCUCGACAUUGCGCCCGCUGAACUUCGAGAUUAUCCUACCGCACAUAUCACAUGAAGACCGCGUCAAGUAUCUCUCAAUAAAGAGCGAUGUCGUAGACAAGAUCAUCGAAAAGGUUCCUAAUUCUGAAGGUGACCUGCGGUACAUAAUAGAGUUCACGGAUGGAAGACAGGAGACACUUAAGAUACCCUUCGACGAAUUGCUCGGGUACGAAAGAGGUCAACUCGCUCUUCAGAAAUAUCAAGGCAUCAUGGACCCAGAGAACGGAGCGAACGACAGACUCUGGCAAGACGAGUGGGAAGAGUCGAUUGCCGACUCUGACGCCGAUCUCGAUCUCAUGGAACUUGAUGAAGACGAUGCUCCCCGUCAAUCCAAACGUCUACGCAGCUCGGCGCACCGCAAGACCCUCGAGGGCUCCGAUUCCGAUGACGACGCUGCUUCUCGUCGCCCCAAACGCCAGCGUACCUCCACGAGGCAAAGCACGAGACAUAACUCGAAAGCGAUCUCGGACGACGAAGCCCUGGACGAAACUCCCCCGCGAGGUCGCCAGCUGAGGGAGCGAACUGAGAGACAGCUCAAGUUGACAAGCAUGGCCUUCACCAGCAUGCCCUUGACUCGAGACGAAGAUUUAGAUGAGUUAUCUCAGGACCAUCCCCGCCACCCAUCCGACAAUGAUGAUGACUUUCAAAUCAUCACAUCCGACGUCCUUCCCAAGUCCUACUCAUCUCGGCGCAGCAAGAAAUCAUGGCGUCUAAGAGCUAAGGCCAAGAUCACCGAGCAACCCAGAUCUCGUGGUUCCUCAAUUGAGUUUGAGGACCGUCGUCGUUCUGGCAGAUCCACAAGGAACAAGGGCAGUAUGCUUGAUGUUGCUUUGAUGGAUGAUGAUUCUUUCUACGUUGAAGACACGGCACCCGCCGGCGCCCCCAAGGUCAUGAAUAUCAAGGAAGUCUUCAAGCACAUUGACCAACACGCGCCAUUCACCCAAUAUCAUUCGGACAUCUGCAGCACUUGCAAUACUGGCACUUCCGCCAACAAAGGUCCUCUGAUCGGUUGUCAAGGCUGUUCCAUAACAUUCCACAAAAGCUGUAUCGGCUACAGAUCUGCCAGAGACCAUAUUGUCACCAAGGUUGGUGUCGAUGAUUUUGUUCUCCAGUGCAAGUUCUGUAUUGGAAUCUACGCCAAGAAGGACAAGAAUAGCCCAAGACACAGUCGGUGCCAACAAUGCAAGCGCUUCGGACGAUCCUGCGCUGCAUUUUCGCAGAAGAAAACUCCCAGACAAGAAGAGAAGAUUCGUCUUGAGAAUGGAGGCGAAGACCCUAUUGCGCCAGUGGAACCAUCUCUGGUCAACAAUGCCGACAAUAUCCUUUUCCGCUGUACUAUGUGCAAGCGUGGCUGGCACUAUGAGCAUUUGCCAUCAUCGCAAAUGGACUCAGACGUGUCCGAGAUUCGCCAGCAGCGCCUUGCUGAAUACUCUGUUGACUGGAAGUGUGUCGACUGUGGCACGGUAUCCGACAAGAUACAGACGUUGGUUGCCUGGCGGCCCCUGGAGAAAGCCUCACUCGGAUCUGGGAAGACUUACAGCGACUUGAACGAGGAUGAGAAGGAGUAUCUCAUCAAGUGGCAGGACAAGUCGUACUUCCAUUGCAGCUGGAUGCCGGGCGCAUGGGUCUUUCACAUUGCCGCAGGUACGAUGCGCAACUCCUUUGCGAAAAAAGAUGCGGAUCAGAACUUGGCCUUGAAGUUCAAUGAAGCCGAGGCAAUUCCCCAAGAUGCUCUCAUGGCUGAUGUCAUUUUCGAGGCCAAGGUGAAAGCAGGAAGAGCAAAAACACUGGAAGAUGAAAUGGAGCGCAUUGGGAGCGUCGAUAAGAUUUUCGUGAAAUUCCAAGGCCUGGGCUAUGACGAAGCGGUAUGGGACUCGCCGCCAAAGCCAGAUGCCGGCGAGGUUUACACGGCAUUCAAGGCCGCUUACUACGAAUACCUCACUGGCAAGUACUUCAACGGCUCCACGAACGCCAGAAUGAAAGAGCGCGUGAACAAAUGGAAGGACAAGGAUUUCGUCAAGUUGACCCAGCAGCCCCCUGGUCUCCGCCGCGGCAAGCUUAUGGAAUACCAAAUCGAGGGCGUCAACUGGAUGUUAUGGAACUACCAUGGCGACAAGAAUGCCAUUCUUGCCGACGAGAUGGGACUAGGAAAGACGGUGCAAGUUGUCGGCUUGAUCUCGACCCUGGUCCAUGGCGAACCAAAGUGCUGGCCUUUUCUUAUUGUCGUCCCGAAUUCGACUUGUCCAAACUGGCGUCGCGAAAUCAAACAGUGGGCCCCAGACCUUCGAGUGGUCACUUACCACGGCGGCAAGCAAGCACAAGAGUUGGCGUACAAAUACGAGCUCUUCCCCCGUGGAUCUCAAGAUAUCAAAGCCCACGUUGUUGUCAUGUCAUACGACUCUGCGCAAGACGAUCGCACGAAACAUCUCUUCCGUUCAGUUCAAUGGGCUGGUCUAGUUGUUGAUGAGGGACAGCGGUUGAAGAACGACAAGAGUCUCUUGUACACAGCUCUACGUUCCAUGCGAUUUCCCUUCCGACUCCUCCUCACGGGCACACCACUCCAGAAUAACAAGCGAGAGCUUUUCAACUUGCUUCAAUUCAUUGACCCAACCCAGAACGCUGCGAAACUCGAUGAAGAAUUCCAGGAGUUGAAUGGGCAGAACCUUCCUGAACUCCACGGUCGGAUCAAGCAGUAUUUCCUACGAAGGACAAAAGCUCAGGUUCUGAAAUUUUUGCCGCCAAUGGCGCAAAUCAUCGUUCCCGUAUCUAUGUCGAUUCUGCAAGAGAAGCUUUGCAAGUCGAUUAUCGCGAAGAGUCCCGAUCUGAUCAAGGCAAUUUUUGCAGACGACAAAAUCAACAAGAGAGACCGUGGCAGUUUGAGCAACAUACUCAUGCAGCUGCGGAAAUGUCUCUGUCAUCCGUUCAUGUACAACGAGGCAGUCGAAGAGCGAACAGUAGACCAGAUCAAGCUACACGAGAAUCUUAUUUCGGCGUCAGGAAAGUUGAUGCUGUUGAACAUCAUGCUGCCGAAGCUGAAAGAAAGGGGACACAGGGUUCUCAUCUUCAGCCAGUUCUUGAACCAGCUGGAUAUCAUUGAAGAUUUCCUGAAUGGUCUUGGCUUCCAAUAUCGACGACUUGACGGUAGCCUCAGCAGUCGAGAAAAGCAGAAGUACAUCGACGACUACAACGAACCGGACUCUCCGGUUUUUGCCUUUCUUCUCUCAACAAGGGCCGGAGGUGUAGGAAUCAACCUCGCGACUGCUGACACUGUCAUAAUCUUGGACCCUGACUUCAAUCCUCACCAAGACAUCCAGGCCAUUUCCCGCGCUCAUCGCAUCGGCCAGAAGCACAAGGUGCUAUGCUUUCAACUGAUGACCAAAAAUUCAGCAGAGGAAAAGAUCAUGCAAAUUGGUCGCAAGAAGAUGGCUCUUGACCAUGUUUUGAUUGAGGCAAUGGACGAUCCAGGAGAGUCUGAAGACCUAGAAUCAAUCCUGAAAUUUGGUGCUUCCGCUUUAUUCAGCGACGAUCAGAACGAAAAGGACAUCGUCCACUACGAUGAUGCAAGCGUCGACAAGCUCCUUGACCGUUCGACUAUUGAACAGACAAAGACUGGUGAUGACAACUCUGCCGAGUCACAAUUCUCUUUUGCGCGUGUCUGGGCCAAUGACAAAAACGGCUUCGAAGACAACCUUGCUGAAGAAAACGAGCCCACAGUCAACGCAAACGUUUGGGAGGAGAUCUUGGCAGAGCGAGAGGCUGAAGCCAAACGCAUUGCCGAGUUGAAUAAGGAAGUUCUUGGUCGAGGCGGUCGGCGCCGUCAGGCAAUCAACUACAAGACUAAUGCAAUCGGCGUGGUCACUGACCUCCUCAUCGACAACAGCGACAGCUCCGAUAAUGACGGAGAAUUUGUUGGCGAGAACGAUGAGGAGGAACCUGAUACUGACACAGAGAAUAGGGAUGACAGUUCCAAAGAAGAAACGACAACGCAAGACUCCCACGACCGACGCCGUACCAGUCAGAAAGCCCAAAACAACAACUCCACGCAAGCCAAGACAGGCACCUCUAAAACGAAAACCCAAAGCGUCGCGGAAGCUAACACUGGCCAAGGCGCCCUCCACGAGUGGAAGCUCAAUCCGAGCUGGUCCAGCCAAAAUCACAAAACUCCAGACCACGAAUCAAUCCAACAAAUCGGACGACCCAACCACGUCAACCCCCUCUAUCCACCUUCUCAGCCCAUCAUUAACCCCAUCUAUCACCAGCCCGGAGCGCAGUUCUACCAGCACGCCCCUCCCGCCCCGGAAAGUCGUCCCGGUCGACCCCUGAUGUAUGACAUGGCCUGGCUUGACAACCUAAGAAUAGUGCGAACGGGUUAUGGCGGUGAGGUGCCUUCAAAUCAGCAGGCUCGUCCUGGGUUCCAGCAGCAACAACAGUCUGCGCCUCCCAUACGUCAAGCAGCAUAUGCCAACCCUACUGUGCCAGCCGUGCCGGAAAAGGCACGCAGACCGUCAUUCGGUUUGUCCCAGUUGCAUCCUAAUGCAUCUACUUGCGCGAAAUGCGGCCUGCGGCAUUACACAGGCCAGUGCCCAAAUCUUGCCUCAGAAGUCCAAUUACGCCUGGCCCUCGAUCAUUUGAGGCAUUGGCCAUCAAACUCUAGAAACCCUGCUGCGGAACGAAAACUAAUUGAGAAGCUACACUUGGUAGCCACGACGAACGAUCGUCGAAAGAAAUGA